UCAAGGGAAGCCACUCUUAAACCAUAUACAAAAUGUAAACAUCGCAUACAAAAUCAAAGUAGUUCAUAUUUCCUAUAGAUUUUUAACUCAUGUAUGACUCUAGAUUUGAACUAAGUUAUACGUUACCAUGGGGCUAAAACAUUUGUUUUUAUCGCUUGGUUUAUCUUGGUUGUGUUUGCCAAUAAACCUGACAGGAGCGCAAAACUGCUUGAUUAAUAGCACUGCCAAUACUCACAUUAAGUAUAAACCGUGUUCAGAACUGCUUAUGGGCCAGUUUAUGUGUGCAAACCCCGUGAUAGACACGGACACCCAGCAAGCUGUAGGCUGCAAUAGCACUAGAAAGGUUGCCGUUCCAUGCAAACCGGCUCCAGAAAUAGUUUGUAUUCCGGACAAAUCGAUUCAGCCAAACGCCAGCCCUUGUGAGUUUACAGGGGAGGAAGUUGGGUUUUACAAAGAGGUGGAAUGUAAAUGGACAAAUGGAUAUAAAUUUGAGACUUCUUUGCUGUUAUCUAUAUUUCUUGGAAUGUUUGGUAUUGACAGAUUUUACCUCGGCUACCCAGCAUUAGGGCUUCUAAAGUUUUCCACGCUUGGUUUCUUUUUCCUCGGACAAUUGAUAGACGUUCUGUUAAUUGCAACGCAGACAGUGAAGCCUUCAGAUGGGUCGGACUAUGUGAUAGACUAUUAUGGUGCGGGCUUGAUCAAGAUUAUGAUGAAUGAUGACACAGUAAUAAACAACAGUGAUGAGUGAAAUACAUCAACCAGGAAUAUACAUACAGAUUUUAAACAUAUUAUUCUGCCAAAUUGUUAUGUCCUCUGCUGUAUAGGAACAUUUUUAUAUUGGAGUGAUAUAAGUAGCCUAUAAAUGCACAUUAUUUAAUAACAGUAUGCUAUUGACUGAUCCUUAAUUAAUGUAUGUGUGUUAAUGAAUGAUUGAAUUCCAGUCAUAUGCUGUCAUAUGCAUUUGACAAACUGACUGUUAUUCUCAUUUCUUUUGUCUGACUCUUUUCUCUAUGACAAUGAAUGUGUUACUGUUUUGAAAUGUAUUAUUUAUUUAUUGCAUGUCAGUAAUUUAAUUAUAACAAUAAAAUUAAGAAAUAAA